AGCUUCAGUUGCCAGCUCUUUGCACAGCACAGCCUUCUGCAAAGCUCCACCAGGAAGGAAAAAUAGCACCGUGGUGUCCCGGGAAUAUGCAAGUGAAAGAAAGCACAGAUCUCGGUAUCCACUCGCCAGGAUGGCUAGGCGACCAGGGCUGUGUCAAUGCAUCCUCCAGCGGUGAGAGGAUGGUCUGGCCAAGGGAGCCACCUGCGGUAAGGUCACCAUCUUACUCGCAGGCAUUCUGCCAGAAGAUUGGGGUGACCUGUGUUGUGGGUUUCUCCCAGGAAGAGGCGCGGCUGCACCGGACACCCCAGGGAACUAGCGAUCGUGCAACUUUUCCAGGUGCACGGAAAUACCCUUUCACCUUAUCCCACACUGUCACCCACAGUGUGGCAGGUGAUAGAAGACCCCGGGCUGUGAGGACGAGAGACCCAAUUGCAGGGGUAUUCGUUAGCAACGGGAGGGAACAGAGCACCUGGAAGGGAGGGUAUCCCAGUGUGCCGAGACCCAGCCCAGCACUCGGAUCUCCGAGUUCUCACAGGACAGGUCCUGGCCUGGCGGCACCUGCUGCGCCCUAGUCACCUCUGUAUUCCGAACCUUUCUAAAUGACUACUCCCGAGCCCUGCAGCCUCUCCUUUCCAAGGAACUGGAGGAGGUAGGCUAAAAGGGUAGCAGAAGGGGGUGGGGACAGUAGAGAGACAGUCCCAGCCUUCCCCGCCCUCCACCCCCACCACAACUCAGCAGCCGUCACGUGGUACCCGGAGUGGGAGGGGUGGGGGCAGAAGAGGCGAGACUUUUCUGGGUGCUCCGGAUCGCCAGUAGUUCUUCAAGCCUCGGCAGCCAACUCCUCCGGAGGCGCUGCGCUCCGCCCCAGGGAGCGCGAACCCGAGGAGCCUGGGACCAGCCUCUGGGAGCCCCGGGCGCGGGCGAUGCGGGCGCCGCGGGCGACACCUGCGGCUCCGCUCAGUGGCAGCCGUCGCCUGGGCGGCAGCAUCGCAGCAACUUUUUGCGGAUUGUUCUGGCUUCCAGGGUUGGCGCUGCAAAUUCAGUGCUACCAGUGUGAAGAAUUCCAGCUGAACAACGACUGCUCAUCCCCUGAGUUCAUCGUAAAUUGCACCGUGAACGUUCAAGACAUGUGUCAGAAGGAAGUGAUGGAGCAAAGCGCGGGGAUCAUGUACCGGAAGUCGUGUGCAUCGUCAGCAGCCUGCCUCAUUGCCUCGGCUGGGUAUCAGUCCUUCUGUUCCCCUGGGAAACUGAACUCCGUGUGUAUCAGCUGCUGCAACACUCCUCUUUGCAAUGGGCCGAGGCCCAAGAAAAGAGGCAGCUCUGCCUCGGCUGUGAGGCCGGGGCUUCUCACCCCUGCCCUGCUCUUCAGCUUAGCCCUCUGCUUGGCACACUGCUGAAGGAGAUGCCAACCCCUGCUGCGUCAUCUGUCUGGCCCGCGCUCUCACCUCCCCGAGUCUCUUCUGGGUGUCCUUUGAUUCUGGGUAGACAAAGGGGUCUUUUUGUUCCCUUUCAAGUAACGCAAGAUUGCCAUGCACAAAUACUCUGUAAGCUCUGAACCAAUUCAGUCUGAAUUUCCGUGUGUAGUUGAAGAAAAUGCAUGGAGCGGAAAGCCCAGAUCUUCCCAUCCCAAUCCGCGUAGCCACCGCCAAGGCCAGCCUGGAAGAAUCAGCCCUUAGAAGUCAUUGAGAUAUGCACCUGCCCUUCCCAAAGCCUUGAGCUUCCAUUCUAUCUCUGAUAAGAGUCAGAGUCUAUUGGGGGACUGCUGUAUGAAGGUGACUUCGCUUUUGUGGGAGGGAAGAGCCGGUUUCUGCUCAAGGCUUCUGAACUUGACAUUCACACGUCUUGCUCCUGCAAACCAUUUUCUGUGGUGGAAUCAGCUGGUUUGGUCUCUGAGUCAGUCAGUGGUGACUCAGGACUCAAAGGCUGGGGCUGAGCCUCUCUGGGCCUGGCCUCGGCUUGAAAAGUGCUUAAGAAAAUCUUGUUAGUUCUCCGGGAGGAAGAGUUCCGCCGGGAGGCUAGGAAGAUGAGGGGGCUGCGGGCUGAGCUGGUGCUGGCCUUGGCGGAGCUGAAGUGGGCGCGCAGGCGUUUCUCCUGGUUGGCGUGCUGCAGAGUCAGCCGGCAGCAGAGCACCUCCCAGAACACCUUCCGGAACUGUUGAGAGGACACGUUGUAGAGGAGAGGGUUGACCACGGAACUGAGGUAGAAGAAGGUGUUGGAGAAGGGGAGAAGGAUCAUGUAGGCCCUGAAGUACGGCCUGGUCCAGUCAUGCUUGGGUUUUGCUGCAGCCAUGAUCCGCCGCACCUGGUUUGGCAUCCAGCACACGGCCAGUGUCACCACAAUCAGUCCUGGGCAGGCAAGAACAGGAGAGAAAAAGAGAUGGGGGAGAAAAACAGCAUGAGAACAAAAAUAAAUAAAUAAAACCCAUAAAAUAUUCAGCCCUUGGUUCUGUUGCUUACUGGCCAGGAAACGGUACCAAUUUUUCAACGCUGUGCUUGACGGCUUCUUUUUGCCACUGGCAAAGGAGAAUUUAACGCUGCUUCAAGCUCAGGGGACUUGGCUAUGUUAAAGAGCGUUAAAUGCUUUCGACAGUGUAUUUAUACCUGUGGGUGCCCGUUAAUUUUCAAAAUGUUUUCGUUGUUGCGCGUGUAUCCAGAAAAUAUCUCAUGUUGGCCAUAAAUCUGGUUUUGUCUUUUUUGUUUCUGGAUGGUCCCAUAAGCUAUAGCCAUAUUAGGUGAAAAUGGUAUUGUUUUGUAAACAAUGACUGAAUGAAGAAGAUCCCGUGACAUUCUUAAGUCAAAUGGAAGUUGUUUCUCUUUGGUUAAACAAAUAUAUUUUAUGGCAAUGAUUUUUGCAUCCAAUUCCAGGAGAAGCAAAAUCAGGGACAGAUUAUUAUAGAGAAGUACCACUCAGCCCCCCGCCCCUUGUGCAUGAGACACUGGCUAGCUGGACAGUCACUUGAAUGCCCUCUGCUUGAAUUCCGCCUUACCUAACCACAGCCACUUGUACAGUCCUGACGCAAAACAAGAGAUUUUUCAUAUACAUGUAGAUGAAGUAAUAUAUAAAUAUACGUCCCAAAAGAUAUACACACCUCUAAACAUAAUGCUUCUAUCUAUUUCAGUUAGGCAAUUUCAGAAUCAAUCCCCCUCCUACCUUCACAUGGGAAAACAAAUUAUCCCGAACACCCAAAUCUCUGAAACUCCUUUUGUAUACAGACAGGGGUACACCCUCUGACUCUGUAGCACCGAGCUGCAGUGUGGAUGGCCAGAAAUGAGCAGGUCCUACGGAAGAGGGUGGUACUCUGCUCACCCCCUUCCAGACACUCAUUUGGAUGCCCCCACGCUUUCGUUCUGGCUUACAUGAUCACAGACUCUUCUUUACUCUGACAAACACCUGGAAUCACAAGAUGGUGAGACUUCACCGACCAAACAGGAAAAGAAGCCUUGGGAAUCUUUCGGGCUUUCUCUUCUCAGGAAGCUGAGCAGCCAGAGCAAAAAUUCCCAUGAGAGGGGCUGAUAUCUUAAAGCAAGACUGAUGGGACCAGUGAGAUGGAUGGUCAGCAGUUAAGACCUAAGUUCUGUCCCGAGUACCCACAUCAGGCAGAUCACAAUGUUCUGUCACUCCAGCUGCAGGGGGGAUCUGACACCUUCUGGCCACCUCAGCACCUGAAGUACUGUGCACACUCCUACCCACACAUACAAAAUUAAACAUAAUUUUUAAAAAUUUUUCAUUUUACAAGUAUUCUUCCCAUUCUGACACCAAUUUUCUAGGUAACUACAGAGAAAUAACAACCAAUAGUCACUGUUUCUUGCCUAGAGUACAUGGUAAAUAGAUCAAUAGUUAAUGGUCCAGGGCAAGCAGACAUGUUCAUAAGCCCAAGGUUACCCCAAGUAUCCUGUGGCUGAAGGAGGAUGAGACCUUGACAGUACAUAACUCAGCUGCCCCCAAAGACAAAGCCUCCAAACAGAGCCAUCUGUCAGCAGGGAGGGCCUGGGACACUCUGGUCCUUUGGGAAUUUCUAAGGAUUCCUUCUGUCAAACCUUAGCCAGGGCUUUGAGAUAUAAACCAAUCUGCUUGUUUCUCCCCUUUGAAUUUGCUUUCCUGAGAACAGUCAGUACAUCUAAGAAUAAAAUAGACAAUGCAACGUAUUGAUUCGAUGAAAGAACAAAAUAAAUAAAUAAAUACUAUCUCAAGUCAAAAGCAGAUUCCAAAUCGCCUUGUUACCACUGCUGGAUAAAAACAGCAAAAAUAGACACUUUCUGAUUAAAAAAAAAACAAAACAAAACAAACAAACAAAAAAAACACUUGCACAGGAAGCCAGGACUUUGAGGAGCUCCCAGCCACCCAAGCUGGAUUUGUUUUGAAGUUACAUAGUUCUGAGUGACUAGUUCAGUAUUGAUUAUGAAGGAGAACAGAUGCCUGAUAUAUGAGGAAGCCACAUAUUUUCACAAAGCUUCACGUUGUUUGUUUGUUAUUUGUUUGUUUGUUUCUGUCACUGAGUUUUGCUGAACAAAUCCAGCCAUGAUCUGAGGAUGUGUUCGUUAGAACAUGGAACUCGAGCACACAGCCUUCUGUGCGUGCUCUGCGACACAGUGGGAAGUUGCUCUCUGCAGUUCUAGAAAGCUGACUAGAAGCUCCCUGUAUGUCCCACAGGCUGAAUGUGGCAUAGCUCUGAGAGCCAAUCAGCAAAAGAGAUGAGAGAAGGCAGGGUGGGAAGGGGAGAGGUGUUGGGAGGAGGAGGGGGCACAUCAGGAUGGAGGGGAGAGAUGUGGAGACAGGCAAGAGGUGUUGGGAAGGAGAAGCAUCCUAAAUCUCCUUCCACAGUGCAUUGCCCUCUGCUCUCCUCAUCACCGGCUUACACAUCCUUUCGUUAGCUUCCUGCAUGCACUUGCUCAGCCCAAUCAUCCUUCAUCAUCAUCCCACCGAAAGAAGAUUUUAGUUUAGUUUAGUUUAGGUUUUGUUGUUGUUGUUGUUGUUGUUGU